CAGCGCAAGAAAUUUUCGAAUCCGAACUUUAUAAUAACAAUUCCGACAUAGAAGUUUUGCAAGAAAUUUUUGAAUCUGAACUUCGUAAAAAUAAUUCCGACGUAGAAAUUUUGCAUGCAGGUCAUUCACACGCUUGUUGUGAAGUAGGUUAUUAUAAUUUAAAUGACAAUAUAUUUGAUAAAUCUUUAGAAUUUUUACAUAAAGCUAGAGAUCUAGGAUGUAAAAGGUCACUUUUUUAUCUUUCAGAAUAUUAUAGAUUAGUUUCACCAAUAGAUGAAUAUAAAAGUU